GCGCUUCCUGUCAGCCCGCGUGGCCUGGGCCAUGGCGCGCUCCUCGCGGGGUGGCGGCAGCGGAGGCAGGCGCAGCAGGACGUACUGGAUGUGCAGCUGCGGUGGGUGGAACUGGGACUGGCGCAACACGUGCCUUGGCUGUGGGUACGCUGCCCCGCCUUGGGCGCUGGAUGCAGCAGCCAAAGCCAAGCCCCAGGCGAAUAAGGACGGCUGGGUGGAUCAGCCGCGCGGGCGCCGUGCCCAGCGGCAGGCCCGCAGUGCUGCAACGAGUGCGGCAACCUCCACGUCGCAGACCUCGGCGUCGGGCGCCAGUGGGACGCCCAGCGGCAGCGGCGCCACGGCGGAACCGCCCGACGGAGUCGACUGUUGCUUCACCGACGUCGUCGCCAGCCAGUUGGAGGCCAAGCGCGCCGAGCUGGCGGAGGCCCAACGGGCCGCAGCAGAGCAGAAGGCGUCCUCCAUGCCGCUGUCGACGAUGCUCCACAAGGAGGCGAACGCCAUCAGCAAGGCGGGGAAACGCCUCCGAGCAGCGCGCCAGAGCCUGGAGCAGAAGCAAGAGGCUCGUGGCCGCGUCGAGGCCCAUCUGCAGAAGGCCCAGGAGGAGCUGGCGCAGCUCGACGCGGAGGUGGAGGAGGCCAGCUGUGCGCUCCACGCCCUCGAGGAGGAGGCCCGAGUGGAGGCCGCUGCGCAGCUGCGCCAGCGCGCGGCCGAGUGGGCAGGGGCCAGCCAGGUCCCAGGGCUCCUCAUGCAGCUGGACAAGCUGCCCGAGGCAUGGGGCUUCAGCAACUUCGAGGUGGCGUGGGCGGCCAUUCGCUCCCAGGUGGAGGCAGUGCGUGCGCAGCUUGCCGAGGCCCCUACCGGCCCGAGGAGAGCGCCCUGGGCGGAGUCGCGCCCCAUGGGCGAGAUGAGCAGCGAGGGCGGCGACCACGCAGGAGGCUGCAGGCCAUGGCAGCCACAGUGCGCCGCGGAGCGUGGCCAGGCCGAACGUCGCGGCGACGCCCACGGCGAGUGGCCGAAGGUCGGCCAGGCGUGCAAGCGGGAGCUGACGGCCGAGGCUGAGGCCCCGCCAGCGCCGGGCCAAGCUGCGACAGCAGCUCAGGAUGUCCGCUGCGGGCUGGACGAGCUCGGUGUCAACGGCAACGCAUGGAGGGGGAGCCUGGAGGUGACCGAGGCCUUGGGCGGCGUCGCAGGCUGGAGGCAGUGCUUGGGUGGAGUCACAGUGUCCACUGCGUCGGGCCUGCAGCUGCUGGCGCGCUCGCUGCGCCUCCAGGGCGCCCUGGGACCCAAAGGCUUCAACCUCGGCAGCUUCGCCGCCUUCGGCGACGCGGUGCUCUGCCAGAGGCCGCGGUUCAUUUCCGUCGUGGGCCUGGCCGUUGAGUCGUUCAGCACCAACGGGGCAGGUUUGGCGGGGUGUGCGUGUGGCCCCACUGUGGCCAAGCAGCCUGUGCUGGCAGCCCUCCGCGCCGCCCCAGCGGGCGGCGGGCCGCUGGUGGUGGCUCGCGACGUCGUCGGCGACGUCGCGCCGCAGGCCGUGGGCGCGGAGCAGCAGCAGGGCUGGAAGUAG